AUGGGGUCGGCGUCCAGCAGUCUUGAUAGUAGUACAGCUGGCUAUCAUAUAUUAAAGGUCCAGGAUGGAUCACCGGGCCAAAAAGCGGGGUUGGAAGCUUUUUUCGAUUUCAUCGUUUCGGUUGGGGAUGUAAGAUUAGAGCAGGACAACGAGAGCAUCAAGGAUGUGCUGGCCAAGUACAAGGACACACCGAUGCGUCUGACGGUGUACUCCUCGAAGACGCAGCAGUUCCGCGAGCUGACACUCACGCCCAGCUCCGACUGGGGGGGCCAGGGCCUCCUUGGGCUCAGCAUCCGCUACUGCUCUUUCAAGGGGGCCGCCGAAAACGUCUGGCACGUGCUCGAAGUCUCGCCGGGCUCGCCAGCUGCCAUGGCUGGCCUCCAACCCUACACGGACUACAUCAUUGGAACCGACGCCCUGCUGAACGAUUCAGAGGACUUUUUUUCGGUGGUUGAGGCCCACAACGGCCAGCCACUUCGCCUGUACGUGUACAAUUCGACGACGGACAGUUGCCGCGAGGUCACACUCAUUCCCAACCUCUGCUGGGGCGGCGAUGGCGUGCUCGGAUGCGAAAUCGGCUUCGGCUACCUUCACCGGAUCCCGCCUCCUGAGAGCAGAAAUGCGGACGCAGUCGGUGCGGCCACGGCCCUUGCCCCGGCCCCGUCCCCACCAAGUCCCCCGUCAUUCGCUGCUGCGCCCACUGCGCAACCACAGCCACUUCAACCUAAUUACAAUCAGCUGAAUGCUAUGCAGCCUCAGCAAAACUUCACCGGGACGGUAGAACAAGUACCGCCGACGUAUCAGCUGCCUCAGCCACCAAUGCCUGUUACCAUACCUCCACCCGCUCCGCUACCUGCCAGCUUGUUCGAGGGCAUCAACCUGACCCCUCCGACCACACCGCCUCCCCUCGUUCUGCCGUACUCGACCAAUGCGGUUCAGGUGGACCCUUACUCGACAACCACAGUCGCACCUAGCGUGGCUCCUCCACCACCACCAUCACCACCUUCCACAGUCGCACCGCAGCCGCCCGCAAUGAUUCCAGUGCCGGUGCAGUUCACGGACAGCCAGCAAGCCCCAGCUCAGGCCCAACCACCUCUUCAGCAGCCCGUCCCCGUGUUCGGCACUCCAGCUGUCAGCGGUGACUCGCCUCCUGCCAUGGUGCCGCUUAUUCCCACCACCAAUAUCGCUCCCCCUGGGAUGCCGCCGAUUUCCGUGCAAAUGCCUCCUACCGAUCUGUGUAAGUGUAACGGACUCUUGGCGUAA